AAGACAACAACGGCAAACCCAACCAACCAACCAAUCAACAAGCACACACGCAAGCACAGGCAGAGGAGGAGCAUUCGCCACCUCUCACCCACCCCCAAGACGAACAAACAACAGACCAAAGCAGCCAGACCAGACGAUCCAGCUACGAAGCAGCAAGAGCCUCUUCCUCUGACACAUACACACGGAAGCACACACACACGAACACACACACGAGCACACCUGAUUGUUUGUUUGCGCUAUUGACCUGCAGAUCUUCGCCUGCAGUGCCCUCGAUCCCGUUGGCUUGAACAUCAGCACACCAAACCAGCCAGCCAGCCACCUAACGUUUCGUCUUGACCCACCAACCAGCCAACCAACCAGCCAACCAACCACCUCGGCCACCUCGACCACCCAACAAUCCAAACCUAUCCCCUUGCUUGCAGCGACAGCCAACCGACGAUAACGGCACCCACAGCCACCACUUGAGGGCGUCGUUGGGGUGUGUGGUUGGGAAGAUUGGCCCUUCGUCUUCCUUCCACGUUCUCCUUUGCCCCACCACCAACACCACCUUGGCAGUCGUGGUCGCAGUCACACACCACUCUGCCUGACACACGAUGCCCACAUUUCGAAGAAGGAAGAAGCGGUUCACUCGCGUGGAACCCAUGCAGCCGCAAGACGCACAGCAUCAGCCAGACAACAGCCCACCAACCUCAAGCCAACAACCACAUAAGCAACCCCUACACAGCCCAAACUCCACGACCACCACCACUUCCAACCCCAACAACAACAACAACAACAACAGCAAAGCCAUUGUGUGCGGUGACGACGAAGACCGCCACGCCAGCAGCAACAGCAACACCAGCAGCGCGCGUGGCAGCAGGCGAUCAAGCCACAUUCAACCCACCACAACGGCAACUGAGACAGAGGGUGAUGAGACAGAGACAAGCCCUUCCCCCUCCUUGCGCAGGCCUGCAGCACACACACGACACAGCACCGACGUGCCACGAAGCAGCGGUAGCAGCAAAGGAGACAGCGCACUCGGCCACGACGAUCGCGCCACCUGGAUGGCCCGCGUAAAGGAGGUUGGUGGCAGCAGCAUCGAGGACAACGUGGACAACAAUCACAACGGUGAGGACGAUGCACAUGGUGUCAGCAAAGUUGUCACAGAGGUUGUUGGCCAGGAACAGGGUGCCCGCCGCUUCAUUCGUAGCAAAACCUUGCACGACCAAGUCGUGCGCCGUGUGCCGACCAUGAGCGUUGGUGUUGAUGGCGACGACAGUGUUGAUGGCAACGACAGCGCCAAUAUGCUUGCCUGCAAGCACGAGGACGUCAUCGCAGAGUCGACACUCGGCACCACAGCACCAGCUGAUGCUUCCAGCGCAGCCACGCCCACGCCCAGCCAUAACCACCAACCAACAUCAACAUCCUCCGACACCAACAACAACAGCCACGAUCACCAUCACACCAGCAGCCACAGUCACAGCGACACCAACACUGCCCCGUCCCCAUCACGCCAAACAUCCACUUCCACAGCAACAACAGCAACAACGGCAGCAGCAGCAGCAACAGCAACAGCUCUGGAGCAAGAGGAAGAAGAGGCGUCCAUUAUGCCGGGCCAAGUUGACACGCGCCCCAUCACCCCGCAGCGCGUCACCCGCCGCUUUCGCCAGCUUAGCUUCGACCUCUCAACCACACACAACAACAACAACAACAACAACAACAACAACGAUGACGGCGAUGGUGAUGGGGAUGGGGAUGGUGACCAGACGUCCCCGAAACGCAAGUCGCCCAUCCGUCAGCUUUCAGAUGGGGCGGCACGGCUGUGGUCUCCGUUCAAGCGGAAGCGACGAACCCAGUCCAAAGACAGUGACACUUCUGAUGUUGUCAGCCCUAUCAAAACACAGACGCGCCAGCCAUCUUCUGGGACAGCGAGCGUACAGAGCCUGGGAGAGACCGGCAGUCCCAGGAACAGAUCCCCGUCCCCACAACACAACGACAGCAAGACGGACCGCAAGCUGUUGCUUGCAGGCAGGACCCACCGCAGCCAGUUUGCAAUGGAGGCCCUGAGGCGAACACCGACCAUUUUCGAAGAAGAUGAAGACGACGAGGACGAAGAGGAGGACAAGGUUAAAGAAACAGGCGCAACAGCACAGAGGAGAAUAGAUCAACUGUCUGGGUUCGGUCAAAACCACAGCACCCAACAAACCACAUCUCCCCCGCCAUUCCGCCGGCAGCCCGCAGAGCAGCACGAUGACGUACCAGAUGCAGGAGAAGGGAACCCGACACUGGGUGCUUCUCGCUCGUCAUCCGCAUCAUCAGCAUCAUCCUCAUCGUCGUCGUCAUCAACGACAUCAGAUCAACCCAAGCAGAGAGACCGCAGCGACUCGCAGGUGCCGACGAAGACAAACCUCAUGCACUGCAAGGACGCGCCCGUGUACAUUGCGCUCGCAUGCUGCUUCAUCGAUGACGCCAUGCACGGAAGGCUGGCCAACGGCAAGAACAAGAUGUAUUUUGAGAAGUGGCUGGUACAACGCAUCUUUCUCGUUCACACAUCUCAGUUGUGGCUGCACUUUGUGUACGCUGUGGCCAUACUGCUUGCCACGCUGACGUUCUUUGAGCCGCCAUCUGCGGACUCCUUCAAACCCUGGACCCUUGGCCUGGAGUUCUUCUGCAUCAUGGUGUUCAUCACGGAUAUUGGCAUGAAGAUGUACUACAUGGGAGCAAUGGCGUACUGGUCAAAGAACUGGCACAAAAUGCAAAUUGUGUUUGUGUGUCUGUUUCUUCUGGACGCGGUGAUAUUCUCCAUCACCGGAAACACAAUCCGCUUCAGCCGCUUUGUCCGGCCGGCUAUCCUUCUUGGGCGCCACCGCGAACUCAGACACACCUAUUUCAUCAUCAGCGCCAUGCUCCCGCGCUUGGCCAAGGUGUUCACCAUGAUGUUUGCCUUCAUCGGCCUCUUUGGCAUCAUUGGCAUUCACAUCUUCGCUGAAGAGUACACGGGCGUCUCCAACGACGAGGAAAUCUCCCAGCUGGAGGGCACCUUUGACAACUUCCUGCGGGCGUUUCUGCGGCUGUUUGUUCUCUUCACAACGGAGAAUUACCCGUAUGUGGUUGUGCCCGCAUAUCAGAGGGACUCCGCCACGUUCAUCUUCUUCUUUGCGUUUGUGUACGCGGGCGUCUUCUUCCUCACGGCCAUGCUGCUCGGUUUGGUUGUGAGCACGUACUUUGACUACACAGCCAAGCAGAUCCACGCAGAGAGAAAGAAGGAGUGGCGUGGUCUCAUGCGCGCGUUUGCUCUCCUUGACCCUGAUGGCAACGGAUAUGUGACGCUGUCGACGUGGUUUCUGCUCAUGCGAUAUCUGCGGCCCGACAUUGAUCGAAAGCAGGCAAAGUUCUUCUUCGAACUCCUCGACCGCGACGGCAACAACAGACUCGACUGUUUCGACUUCCUUGACCUGCGAGAAAUCAUGCUGCUGAAGAUCCGGCCGACGCCGGCAAGCGAACUCAACACCACAAUGCAGCGGCGACAGUGGACGCGGUUUCGCAUUCUCGCCUUUAACAUCACAACGUCGAGUUGGUUCCAUCCCGCCAUCCUCGCUGCCCUGGCAAUCAACGCCCUGGUUGCGUGUGUGUAUCACGUGAGCAUCACGCAGACAGAGCUUGCUGCCUUGCAGAGCGUUCACGUCGUCUUUGCUCUUGUCUUUGUCGCCGAAAUCGUCCUCACGAUUGUGUCGGAGGACUGGUACACGUAUAUUGCAUCCAAGUGGAACGUUGCCGACUUGUUCAUCAUUCCCAGCGCACUGCUGUGCCACUGCCUGUCGUUUGUGAGCUUCGAAUGGGGGCACUUCUUCACCCUCGCUGGCAACUGCUUGCUGUUUGUGCGGCUGCUGUGGGUGAGCCGAGACGCGCGCUUCGGGCUUGUUCUCAUCUGGAACAUCAUCGAGGCUGUGCUCCACCUCUCCUACAUCAUGGCUGUCGUCAUGUAUCUGUUUGGCGUCGCGGGCACAGAACUCUUUCACGGAUACACGCCUGCCGACCCUACAACUGCGUACUAUUUCGAUUUCGGGUGUAACAUGGGGUUUCGGUCCAUGGGCUGUGCAUGCUUCACCCUCUUCCAAGUCAUGACCACCAGCAACUGGCAAGAGCCCAUGAACGACUUGAUUGUAGAGGCCGGCUGGGGAUCUGCCGUGUACUUUGUCCUCUUCUUCAUCAUGAUCAACCUUGUGCUCACCGAUUUGCUAGUCGCUGUGACGAUUGAGGCGUUCUUGCUGGCCAAGCGCCACUUCCAAGGCAUCUCCGCAGACGCAAUUCACACCGCAUUUGUGGAGAUCCCAGAGGAUGAUGAUGAUGAAGAGGAGGAGGAGGACUACAUGGCUCCGGCUGAUGAUAUGCGUGGUAGCAAUGGGUACGACGGUGGACGAGGUGGCGGCAGCGGCGGUGAUUUCUCAUCCGGCAUGGGAAGGAAUGCACCACCCUCCGAUCCACAGCCUCGUCGCGGCACUGUCGUUGAACAGGGCAAGGCCGAUGUUUCACGGGAAAAGUCGCCGGCUGUCCUUCGAUUGGAGGCAGACGACCUCGUGCAUCGCGCGCGCCGCCGCUCGUUUCAAUCCAUUUCGGUGCCAGUUGGGCAAUCAGAGCGCCCGUCGCCACACAAGGACCGCACCAGCAUUCCCGUCAUCAUCAGCACCCGACAGCAGAGCCUCGAUUCAAAUCCCGAACACAAACGGCACCAGAGCAUUCCCAUCAUCUCGGAAACGCUGGUGGACGCGCCCACCAUUAACAUCAACAACGACAGUGUCGAUGGUGAUGAUGGUGAUGAUGAUGAGGGAACACACUUGCUGUCACCUGUGACAAGGCGGCAAUCGUCGCCUGCAACAACAACAACAACAACAACAACAACAACAACAGGCGCAACAGAGGCAGCAACCACAACGUCACGAAAGCACCUCACCCUUCCCUCUCGGGUCGACUCGAUUGGCUUUGAUGAUGUUGGGAAUGGCAUGCCGUCCAAGCAACGAUCAUCAUCAUCAUCGUUCGCUCUGCAGAACCGACAGGGGUGGCGACGCAAGAGCAUUCGUGAUCGCCUCCGCUCCAUUGUUCGCAGCAGAAGUCAAGCAGCCAAGGAUCCCACGCUCUAUCGCGUGUACCGCUGCAAACAGUCCUGGCGACGGGAAAUUGCUGGCCAAGACGAGGCACUCGAGCUCAUUGAAGAGCGGGAUUUGGACAAGAUGGCCAAGGACGCCCGUGGUCUGCCAAUCCACAGCAUGCACCAGCACAAAUACAGGGUGGGUGGCAACUUGUGA